AUGGAUACUUCAGGUCUGCUUGAUACGUCGAAUACAACAGAUACUAUCAUUGACAAAACAAAUAAGUUGAAAAUUAGUUCAGCGGUAGAAAGUAAAGAUGAAAGCAAUAAGGACGGUUCAUCUGCAUCGAAAAAACCGCUUACUAAAGGUAUUGUAAAUUUAGAACACGGAACAGGAGCUCCUUCACAACAAACAAGUACAAAA